AUAUUUGUGAAAUUCGCCUUCAACCACCAAGAGACGCCAGAUUUCUGGGUUUAAAGACGUGAUGUCUCUUUAAGAGGAAGGAAAUUAAAGAGGGGAAGUGAAGCAAGGGGCUCCACUUCCUCGUAGCCCUCACAAUCAAAACAUUGGUGCGCAAUGGGCGAGUCUGCAUCCAGGGAUGGACAUUUUCUGAUCUAACACCUCGUCGGGAAGCUCCUCCUCGAACAGCCACUUGCUGCACCGCCAUGCUGCAGCUCAACGACUCGAUGGAGCCGGAGAGUCCCGGCGCUGCCAUCCUCCACCCCGCGGAGACCGAGGAUGGGGUGGAGGUCGCCUUCACGCCGCCGGAGGCCGACCGGAGCCUGGGCCACGGAGCCUCCGUGGCCUGCUGCCCCCCGCUGCAGACGCUGACACCUUUCAUCGUGCACAACCCCACAGUGCAGGCGAAGGUGAAGGACUACUUCGUGUUCAGGCCAGGUACCAUCGAGCAGGCUGUGAGCGACAUCAGGACCGUGGCUCUGCCCUCUGAGGAUGGAGAGGUGCUCAGUGUGUGGCUGCUGGCAGAAGUCGACCACUGGAACAAUGAGAAGGAGAGACUUGUGCUGAUAACUGACAGGUCGCUGCUGGUGUGCAAGUACGACUUCAUCAACCUGUUGUGUCAGCAGGUCGUCAGGAUCUCUCUCAACGCUGUAGACACCCUCUCAGUGGGAGAAUUUGAAUUUCCACCCAAAUCCCUGAACAAGAGAGAGGGUUAUGGGAUUCGCGUGCAGUGGGACAAACGUCCCCGGGCCUCGUUCUUAAACCGCUGGAACCCCUGGUCCACAGACAUGCCCUACUCCACCUUCACGGACCACCCCAUGUCCCAUGCUGACGAGAAGGUUGCCUCUCUGUGCCAGUUGGAUAAUUUCAGGACCCAGCUAGUACAGGCAGUGAAGAAAGCCCAUAAGGAGCACCCCAUCCCUGGUCGGGCUAACGGCGUGCUUAUCCUGGAAAGACCCCUGCUCAUUGAGACUUAUCUAGGCAUUAUGUCCUUCAUCAACAAUGAGGCCAAGUUGGGUUACUCCAUGACCCGAGGCAAGAUCGGCUUCUAAAAGCCGCAACUUCUCCGAAUUACAACAAAAGUUCCAACCCAUGUGUCUGUGUUACACUGCACUGUCUGAGAGAAGCUGUCGCUCCGCUACAGUGUAAAGAGCAACAAUCAGUGUUUGUAAGUUGAGCCCAUGAGAUUUCCACACUUCCUUAUGUCGGUGUCACAGACAAGAGGUCAGCCUAAUGUAGGUAAAUGAUGUGCAGCACUGCAUGGACUGUCUACUUGUUUGUUUUUGGUCGCUACAGUUCCUUUCUAUCAGGGAGCUGCUCACACAUCCAACAUCAGCAGUGAGAUUGAGGGAGAUGAGUUGGAAAGAGGAGACAAUUUAUCAACUUGGUUCUUGUUCUAGAUUGAGCUUCAUGCUGACUCAUGCUCCUUGUGUAACCACUCACUGACAGACCGUCUUAUUAUGAUGGUCAGAUUUAGGUAUAAGAGGACUGACGUCAGGGUUAAAGGUUAGCUUUGUUAAAAAAGACAAAAGAAAAACACAAAGAAGAGACCAUUCAAAGUGAAACAUCAGCCGAGAAUAUCUUCCACAUUUGCUAUGGUGUUAUUCUGGAGGACUGUAUUAUUCCGAUCAUAUGGUCAUAGCGUAGCGUUCUUCUGAUGGAUUGCAUUUAAUGGUCUCGUCACAUGAUUACUGUAAUAAAUGUUACAUAUAUGGAAACUGCUCAAAGAUCCGCACUUCUACACUGAAGAGCUCCAAGCUACACUUUUAAGUAUUCAUGAAACAUAGAAAUGAUGAAUUACCUUCCUCUCUUGAAUUGAUCAGUGCGAGUGUCUUUACAUCACGUUACAUUUGCCUAAAUUGUCUUUUGCUGUGACUAGGGAGCUGCUGUACCACUUGAUGAGCUGCACUAGCUAAAUUGUCUAGUAUGUUCCAAAUGUUUUAUGCAAAAUGAACUUGUAAACCAUG